AUGUCGACCUCGUCGCAAUCGUCGUCCGCUAUGUCGAAACAGAACUCGCAGGGCGGCUGUUUGGAUCCCAUGGACUCGCUGGUCGACUUCUCCGAGUAUGAACAGCUAUCCUACAACUCGCCGUCCAUGUCGCCCUCGGCCAGCAAGAACCAAUUCUCCAAAACCCAGAGCCAAUUCACAACAACCCCCAUCUCCAACACGCCGGCUGCGCUGCCGUCCAGCUCGAGUUCUACCUCGCAGUCGACGCUUCCCGGUCCGAGCCACCAAUAUGACCUCUAUCGUCAGCAAACGGGCAUUCCGCAGGGAGCCGUGGCCAACACCUUGGCUGUAAACUCGUCCAGUUCCCACAUCAAGAGCCAGUAUGGGUUUUCUGAUAGUUACUUCUCGGGGCUCAACUCGGGCCUCAGUCCAGGGGACGAUCUCCUCGACUUCAACACCGUCCCAACACGGGACGGGUCGGGCUCGUUCAACCCCUCAGAUAUGGAUAUGGACUUUGGCUCUCCCGCCACCGAGCCAGCAUUCUUCUAUCCCGACCGCCCCUCGCCUGAGUUUAUCGACCCGAGUGCCAUUGGUACAUCAAACCAUGGUCUCCAAAAUGCCGCUCUCCCAGCUCAGAGCAGCAACGUUGGUCGUCUCUGGCCUGGCAUGCAUCAGCAACAAGCUCUCGCCAAGGCGCAAGCCCAGCAAAAGCAGCAGCAACAACAACUCAUCCAGCAACAACAACAACGCCCAAGCGGACAAUCAUCGAGGCAAUCGUCUCAACGACCCCGAGCAUCCCACCCACCGACGGACCCGAUCGUCGAGGAGAAGAUCUCUCAGCUCCUCAAUUCGAUGAGACACAGCAGCGUUGCCACCGAUGACCACGAAGGCCGCACCCCAGAUUCGGGUAACAUGUCGCACGCCCAACGCAUGCGCAAGGACGAGGAAGAGAUGGACGAAGAUGAGCGUCUAUUGGCGAGUGAAGAGGGGAAGAAACUCAGCAGCAAGGAACGGAGACAACUACGAAACAAGGUUUCUGCACGAGCCUUCCGAUCAAGACGGAAGGAAUACAUCAGCCAACUUGAAGGCGAGAUCGCGGUCAAGGUCAACGAGAAUCAAGACCUCCGCUCCGAGAAUCGUGCUUUGAUGGAGGAGAACACUCGUCUCUCCGACCUCACUCGCAUGCUCCUCUCCUCUCCUGCCUUCUCCGGCUUCCUUGACACCCUCGCCCAAAAUCCCGCCGCGGCCCAAACCGCGCAGCAAGUCACCCAACCCCGUGUCGAGCAACAGCAACAGCCCCAACGCCAAGUGCGCAAGGACGUCAACCCUUACGCUGCGCAGCAACAACUCCAGCAACAGCAAAUCGGCAUGGCGAUGAUUCCCGAACAUAACGUGGACUUCUCUAUGCUUGAUCUUAACACUGAUGGAGGCUACUCAUUCCAACCUCAGGUCUUCUCUAUCUUCAGCAUGCCCGAUACAGUGAUCGACUCAGACAUCCUCUCGGGCAAGGACUCAUCAUUCACCGCUCCCCCAAGCGAUGAUGAGAAGGUCGAACUUCCCAAGGUGGAGCGGGUACCCGAAAUUGAACCAGUCGAGGCUGCUCCCAAGCCCGUCGAGGCCGAAGAUACCGAGUUUGACUCUGACCCUACAUUUGCUCUGUUCAUAUCCUCUCCCGAAUCAAACACCGCCGCUGCUCCUGCACCCGAGGAGAAGGAAUUUGUCUUCGAUUUCAGUUCUAUCGACGUUACUGCCAAGCCAUCACAAUACGAACUCGUCGCGGCCCCCGCUGACGAUGGUAUUGCUGAUGCUGCCAUGCGGAGGAUAGAGAGACUGACAUCUGAGAUGGAUGUUGUGGUCGAGAGGUUGAGGCGUCUGACCGUCACACUAUAG